AUGGUCCGAACCAGUGUCCUCAACGAUGCGCUCAAUGCCAUCAACAACGCAGAGAAGUCCGGCAAGCGCCAGGUCCUCAUUAGGCCCAGCUCAAAGGUCAUCGUCAAGUUCCUGAGCGUCAUGCAAAAACACGGCUACAUCGGAGAGUUCGAGGAAGUCGACGACCACCGCAACGGCAAGAUUGUUAUCCAGCUCAACGGCCGCCUCAACAAGACCGGUGUCAUCAGCCCGCGAUACAACGUCCAGCUCCGUGAUCUCGAGAAAUGGGUCGUCAAGCUCCUCCCAUCGCGUCAGUUCGGCUACAUCGUUUUGACCACAUCGGCCGGUAUCAUGGACCAUGAGGAGGCUCGUAGGAAACACGUCGCGGGCAAGAUCCUGGGGUUCUUCUAUUAG